CGGGCCUCGCUUAAGUUCCUACUACCACAUCUCACCGGGCCGCGCCGGAGCUGCUCCCUUCCGUUUCGUCCCUCUCCUUCCGGCGGCAGCUGCGUCGGCCGCGGCUGCCAACGGCCGGUAUGGCGGGCCUCGAGGAGAUCAAGAAUGAGGCAAUCGAUCUGGAGAACAUCCCCGUGGAGGAGGUCUUCCAGAGUCUCAAAUGCAGCAAGCUGGGCCUGUCCUCGGAGGAGGCGGAGGCGCGCCUCGCCGUCUUUGGGCCCAACAAGCUCGAGGAGAAGAAGGAGAGCAAGUUCCUAAAGUUCCUGGGGUUCAUGUGGAACCCGCUGUCGUGGGUCAUGGAGGCGGCGGCGAUCAUGGCGAUCGCGCUCGCCAACGGGGGCGGCAAGCCGCCGGACUGGCAGGACUUCGUGGGGAUCGUGUUCCUGCUGCUCCUCAACUCGUCCAUCUCCUACUGGGAGGAGAGCAACGCCGGGAGCGCGGCAGAGGCGCUGAUGGCCAACCUGGCGCCCAAGGCCAAGGUGCUGCGCGACGGGCGCUGGAGCGAGCAGGACGCGGCGGUGCUGGCCCCGGGGGACAUCAUCAGCGUCAAGCUGGGCGACAUCGUCCCCGCCGACGCCCGCCUGCUCGAGGGCGACCCGCUCAAGAUCGACCAGUCGGCGCUCACCGGCGAGUCGCUGCCCGUGACCAAGGGCCCCGGCGACAGCAUCUACUCGGGCUCCACCUGCAAGCAGGGGGAGCUCGAGGCCGUCGUCAUCGCCACCGGCGUGCACACCUUCUUCGGCAAGGCGGCGCACCUCGUGGACAGCACCAACCAGACGGGUCACUUCCAGAAGGUGCUCAAGGCCAUCGGCAACUUCUGCAUCGCCACCAUCGCCAUCGGCAUCGCCGUCGAGGUCCUCGUCAUGUACGCCAUCCAGCACCGCGCGUACCGCGACGGCAUCGACAACCUCCUCGUGCUCCUCAUCGGCGGCAUCCCCAUCGCCAUGCCCACCGUGCUCUCCGUCACCAUGGCCAUCGGCUCGCACCGCCUCGCCACGCAGGGCGCCAUCACCAAGCGCAUGACGGCCAUCGAGGAGAUGGCCGGCAUGACCGUGCUCUGCAGCGACAAGACGGGCACGCUCACCGUCAACAAGCUCAGCGUCGACAGGGGCCUCAUCGAGAUCUUCGCCAAGGGGGUCGACGCCAACGGGGUCAUCCUCCUCGCGGCCAGGGCCUCCAGGGUCGAGAACCAGGACGCCAUCGACGCUGCCAUGGUCGGCAUGCUCGGCGACCCCAAGGAAGCUAGGGAAGGCAUCAAGGAGGUGCAUUUCCUCCCCUUCAAUCCCGUCGACAAGCGCACGGCCCUCACCUACGUCAGCCUCGCCGACGGUAGCUGGCACCGUGUCAGCAAGGGUGCUCCCGAGCAGAUCAUGACCCUAUGCAACUGCAAGGAGGAUGUCGUGAACAAGGUGCACGCCAUCAUCCACAAGUACGCUGAGCGCGGCCUAAGGUCUCUCGCCGUCGCCACACAGGAAGUGCCGGAGAAGUCUAAGGACAGCCCCGGCGGCCCAUGGCAGUUCGUCGCCCUGCUGCCCCUUUUCGACCCGCCGAGGCACGACAGUGCGGAAACCAUCAGGAAGGCGCUCAACCUGGGCGUCAAUGUCAAGAUGAUCACCGGUGACCAGCUCGCCAUUGCCAAGGAGACGGGCAGGAGGCUGGGGAUGGGCACCAACAUGUACCCCUCCUCGGCGCUGCUCGGGCAGAGCAAAGAUGAAUCCAUCGCCUCCAUCCCCGUGGACGAUCUGAUCGAGAAGGCCGAUGGCUUUGCCGGCGUCUUCCCCGAGCACAAGUACGAGAUCGUCAAGAAGCUGCAGGAGAGGAAGCACAUCUGCGGGAUGACCGGGGACGGCGUGAACGACGCGCCGGCGCUGAAGAAGGCGGACAUCGGGAUCGCCGUCGCCGACGCUACGGACGCGGCCAGGAGCGCCUCCGACAUCGUGCUCACCGAACCCGGGCUCAGCGUCAUCAUCAGCGCCGUGCUCACGAGCCGCUCCAUCUUCCAGAGGAUGAAGAACUACACCAUCUACGCAGUGUCGAUCACAGUCCGUAUUGUGCUCGGGUUCAUGCUGAUCGCGCUGAUCUGGAAGUUCGAUUUCUCACCGUUCAUGAUCCUGGUCAUUGCCAUCCUCAACGACGGCACGAUCAUGACCAUCUCUAAGGACAGGGUGAGGCCGUCUCCGCAUCCAGACAGCUGGAAGCUGAACGAGAUCUUUGUCACCGGCGUCGUCUACGGCACCUACCUCGCCGUCAUGACCGUCAUCUUCUUCUGGGCCAUGCGCAGCACCGAUUUCUUCACGAACACGUUCGGCGUGAGGUCGCUGCACGGCAGCCGGGACGAGAUGAUGUCGGCGCUGUACCUGCAGGUGAGCGUCAUCAGCCAGGCGCUCAUCUUCGUCACGCGCUCCCGCGGCUUGUGCUUCACGGAGCGCCCCGGCUUCCUCCUCUGCGUCGCCUUCGUGGUCGCCCAGAUCAUUGCCACCCUCGUCGCGGUUAUCCCCACCAUCGGGUUCGCGCACAUCCGCGGCGUCGGGUGGGGGUGGGCGGGCGUCAUCUGGCUGUACAGCGUCGUCACCUUCCUGCCGCUGGACGCGUUCAAGCUGGCCAUCCGGUACGCGCUGAGCGGAAGGGCGUGGGACACGCUGUUCGAGCACAAGAUCGCCUUCACCACCAAGAAGGACUACGGGCGGGAGGAGCGGGAGGCGCAGUGGGCCACGGCGCAGCGCACCCUGCACGGCCUCCAGACGCCCGAACUGGCCGGCGUCCUCAACGAUCGCACCAGCUACCGCGAGCUCUCCGAGAUCGCCGAGCAGGCCAAGCGCCGCGCCGAGGUGGCCAGGCUGCGGGAGCUCGGCACGCUCAAGGGCCAGAUGGAGUCCGUCGUCAAGCUCAAGGGGCUGGACAUGGAAGGCGUCCAGCAGCACUACACCCUGUGAGUGAAUGCGGUGGUGGUGGCUCGCCGUCAUCGGAUUCUCGACGGCAUGCACGGCCGCCGCUUUCUGCUCUCGCUCGUCGCCCAUUUUCUGCGACGGCGCCACACUCUACGUACGUUUGUUUCAUCUUCGACUGCCUUGCUAACGCCGUUUUGGUCACAGAUACAGCCUUAAUAUAUAAACUGCCACAAAGUGUAGUGUAUUUGUAAUUGUUGCUGUACUCAUUGGGAAAUAAUAACAACAGGAAUUGAAAUGGUUGUGAUGAUUGAUGAAGUAUUUUAUC